UAUAAAAUUGACGUCGAAGUGUUUGGUUCGCAGCUCGCUCGCUCGUUCGUUCCGUUGUUCGUUCGCCUCUUCGUCGUUUGUUCUUUCCCGUUCGCGUUGUGUUUGUACCGUUGCAGGGCAAACAAAAAAAAAUACAACACAUUAAAAAUAGCCAAAAUGUAUUAACAACAAACUCUAUUUAUGCCAAAAAUUUGCAGGCGCGUUGUAAAUUAUUUGCAAAGUUUUUAAAUACGCUCUCGUGAAGCGUUUCGUUUGUCCGUUAAUUUUAAAAAAGUCAGUGUUAGAAAACUAAUUAUAAUGGGUCUAUCGGAUAUACCAGCCAACUACAUGCAACAGUCCAACCAUAUGCUGCACCAACAACAUCAUCAGCAGCAACAGCAACAUCAUCAUCAGCAGCAGCAUCUUCAUAAUCACAAUGUUGCGGCAGCUGCAGCGGCUCAUGUUCUGGCCAUGGAGAACAGCGAGCUUAUGAUGAGUCCCAAGGACAAAAUGUCUAGCAAAAAGAAAAUGCACUUGCUAAAGAAGAUCAAGAAACGCUUUGGACUCGUUCGCCGUUCUCCUUCCUCCUGCCCGGGUCCCAACAAUCUGCCGCCAUUGCAGUUCCAUCAGGUGCAUGGGGACAAUAUAAGGAUUUCUCGGGAUGGAACGCUGGCACGUCGCUUUGAGAGCUUUUGCCGUGCGAUCACCUUCUCGGCGCGUCCAGUGAGGAUCAAUGAAAGGAUAUGCGUUAAGUUUGCCGAGAUCUCGAACAAUUGGAAUGGAGGAAUACGCUUCGGUUUCACCAGCAACGAUCCGGCAACGCUGGAGGGAGCAUUGCCCAAAUAUGCCUGUCCGGAUCUGACCAAUCGUCCUGGUUUCUGGGCAAAAGCAUUGCAUGAACAAUACUGCGAAAAGGACAACAUAUUGUAUUACUAUGUGAACAAUGCCGGCGAUGUCAUCUAUGGCAUUAACAAUGAGGAGAAGGGCGUCAUUUUGUCGGGCAUCGAUACACGUGCCUUGCUCUGGACUGUGAUCGACAUCUAUGGCAAUUGCACGGGCAUUGAGUUCUUGGAUGCACGCAUUUAUAUGUACCAACAGCAGCAGCAGCAACAGUUGCCGCUGCAGCAGCUGUCCCAACAGUUGCAGCAACAACAACAACCGCUGCAACAACAACAACAACAGCAGCAGCAGCUGCCGCAACAACAACUCUCAGCUCAUCAUCCGCUGCAGCAAUCGCGUCGUUCGUUGCCAGGAGGCGGCGGCGUCAUUGUGGAUCAUGAACUGGAACGUCAUGUGAUGCCAUCGCUGCAAUCUCUGCACCUAGCUGGCACUGUAGCUGGAGCAGCUGGAAUUGCGGAACACGAUCUGGCCAAUGGUUUGCCCCCCUUGCGUUACAAUGCCAAUGGACGUCUGAUUCCCGUGCCCUUCCACAUCACCAAGGGACGGAAUGUGCGACUCUCCCACGAUCGUUUUGUUGCCUCACGCACCGAGUCGGACUUUUGCCAGGGUUACGUGUUUACGGCCCGUCCCAUUCGCAUUGGGGAGAAGCUGAUUGUCCAGGUGCUCAAGACGGAGCAGAUGUAUGUGGGCGCCUUGGCGCUGGGACUUACCUCGUGCAAUCCGGCUGUGUUGCAGCCAAAUGAUCUACCCAAUGAUUCGGACUUCCUCUUGGAUCGUCCUGAAUAUUGGGUGGUCAGCAAGGAUAUUGCAGCGGCGCCGCAGCGGGGUGAUGAGAUUGCCUUCUUUGUGGCACCGAACGGUGAAGUGAGCAUCAGCAAGAACAAUGGACCAGCUGUUGUGGUCAUGCAUGUGGAUCAAUCGCUGCAACUCUGGGCAUUCCUCGAUGUCUACGGCUCGACGCAAUCGUUGCGCAUGUUCCGCCAACAGUUGCCCAACAUGGUCGCCUAUCCCUCCCAGCCGCAGAUAAGCGCUGGAUCAGCUGUGGCUAAUGCCACUUCUGCCAAUGGCUCUCGCAUCCUACCAAUGGCCGAAUCUCUAAACAGUUUGAAUGCUGGCCAAUUGCUGGGAGCAGCCAAAAUGCAGCUGAAUGUAACGCAAUCGAAUAGCACAUUAGCCUCGGCCACAAAUGGAACUGGCAGUCGCAUGAUCAGCAUGCCCUCCAAUGGUGACAUCCUCCAGAUUCAACCGAACGGUGGCGGCACAGUGCUUGUCGUAAAUCUGCCACCAGCCAACAGUUCCCAUGAUCUCAAUGGCCAGCUGACCGCCGCAACGGCAGCGACUGUCACCAGCAGCGGCAUCCUCGCCGGCGCCUGUUCCAGCGGCACUCUGAUCAGCACCACCAGCAGUCAGCAAUAUAUUGAGCCCAUUGCCCAGAGUACGAGCACCUUGAAUGGCAGUAAAUGGAAGGAUAGUCUCAGUGACCAGCAGAGCACAGACUCGAGUGCCGAGUGCACCAUUUGCUAUGAGAAUCCCAUCGACUCCGUGCUCUAUAUGUGUGGACACAUGUGCAUGUGCUACGAUUGUGCUAUCGAGCAAUGGCGUGGAGUUGGCGGUGGGCAAUGUCCACUCUGUCGGGCGGUCAUUCGUGACGUCAUACGCACCUACACGACGUAGACAAAGAAGGACGUGCUCCAAUGUAAAUGCAUUUUCUUGAAAGGAUGCAGCAGUUAACAAACUUUCAACUCGCAAUCGAAUUAAGCAAUGAGAAAGAGAAUGAGAAUGAUACUGAGAUUUUUUGUAAGAAGCGCGCAAAGAAAUAUCACAGUGUAGUAGUAUUAGCAACUUGUUUUGUUAGCAAAACCAACCUGAAGACAAUUAACUGAUAGUUGAUAUCAAUAUUUUUGCAACUAACUGGAAAGCAAAAAAAAAAAAAAAAA